AUCGGGCGUUAUUUUUGAAGAAAGUUGCAAAUAACGCCCGAUAGUUGAUAGUUGCUCAGACCAAAUACUUGGCCUUCAAUAUGUUUACCCCUGCCGCUACUUCGCCUGUUGACUCCUCCUAUGGAUUCAAUAAUCUCAAAAUGUAUGACGUUUAUUUGAGCUUUUGUGAUCCUCAUCUCGGCCAAGGUUUUUCUAACCGACUGUAUUCUGGUCUUGUCGCGGAAGGCAUUGUCACCUGGGUAGAAGGAAAAUUCAUAGAUGAUAUCCCUCCUUUUCAACGCAUCCGAGAAAGUAGGAUUGGCAUUCCCAUUUUCUCCCAAAUGUUUAUCCAGUCACAGUCGUUUUUGAAUGAAGUGUGUUUUAUGAGUAAGUCGAAUGUCAAAAUUAUUCCUCUGUUUUAUGAUAUUGUGCCUUCAGACGUUCGCCACCAGCUAAGGCUUGCAUCCGCUCAACAUUCCGGGCAACAUCUAACCAGCGAGAUAGUCGGAGCAAUGCAGAAGGUUUCCUAUAUCUGUGGCUGGUCUUCAGAUCAAUAUAAAGUAUUCACUGGUAUUGGUUCACAGAUCAGCAGGGAGGAUGUUUUGAUGAAAGAUGUUGUAAGGGAUGUAGUGAAAAUCUUGGAGACAUAUAAGGUUCAUUUGGACACUCCGAAAUGCUUUGGUUUAGACUGGCGUGUUGAGCAUGUUAAGGGACUAUUAAAUUUAGCGGAUCGUGAGAAGAAGAUUGUGAAAGUGGGUAUACAUGGGAUGCCCGGUAUUGGUAAAACCACCCUGGCCAAAGGUUGUUUGCAAAGAAGUCUUCUACAGUCAGUUUGAAAUGCAUUGUUUUGUACUGGGUGUCGGAGAAAGAUGUCAACUGGAAGAUGGACUCGUAAAGCUGCAAACCCAUAUGCUCAAAGAUGUUUCCCGAUUCAUGGCCAAAGAGGAUUCGCUCCCAUUCAGAGACGAAGUAGAACAAAUUGAUCGAGGAAAAUACCUGCUACAAGAGUGUCUUAGGGGUAAGAGAGUUCUCCUACUCCUUGAUGACAUUCAAAGUGCCGAGCAGCUGGAAGCUCUUGGGGGAAAUUAUAGGGAUUUUGGGGCAGGCAGUCGUUUGCUCAUUACAUCUCAGAAUCAACAAAUUCUAAAAUUGGCAAAUGUUGAUGAAAUGUACGAGGUAAGGAGGCUUUCUCAAGAACAUGCCAUGGAGUUGUUUAAAUUCCACGCGUUCCCUAAUUACUGCUGUCCGGAUCCAGAGCUGCAAACACUAAGCAGCAAUAUUGUUAAUGCUUGUGAAGGCCAUCCUCUUGCACUCCAACUUCUUGGUAAAAGCCUGGUUGGUGAAGACGAUCGAGAGGUAUGGAAAGACAUGGCAGACAAGUUAAGUGAUGAGCCUUAUAUGCAAAAGAAACUUAGGGCCACGUACGAUACACUUGACCCCAAUGAAAAGGAGAUGUUUCUAGAUAUUGCUUGUAUUUUUACAGGGCAGGACAAGGACAUUGCUAUGAUCUUUUGGGCCGAAAUGAAAUGGAAUUGUCAUGCGUCUCUCGCACAUAUCUUUCAAAAGUCCUUGGCGAACGUGGGCCCUGGUAAUGAAUUAUCGAUGCAUCGGUGCCUCCGAGAUUUGGGAACAACUUUAGCAAAUGAAAUUUCUCCAGAACCCCAUAAACGCACAAGACUAUUCCAUGAGGACGAUGUGCACCAUUUGUUACGUCCACCCUGGGAAAAGGCCAAGACAGUUCGCUAUCUUCGCUACGAGCCCAAGGAAAGGAAGACAGUGACGCCAGGCAUGUUCAUGCAGCUGUACAACUUGAGGUUGCUUUGGCUUGCAGAUGUUGAUAUAAAGGGACACUUUCCUGAGGCACUCUACUUUGACGAAUUGAGAUGGCUAAGAUUGACGAGAUGUUCAUUAACACGGCUACCUCCGGGAAUGAACCUGAACAACCUUGUUAUUCUGGAGGUGACUGAUAGCCAGAUAACUCAUCUCUGGGACGAAAAGACAGAAGAAUAUUCAAACACAUGCCCCGAGAAGCUUAAAGUGCUUAUUUUGAGAGGAUGCGCGUCCCUGGAAAAACUACCUCCUACAAUAAUCUAUAACCAGUUGCAGAUCCUGGACUUGCACAAUUGCCAAAAACUGAGAAGUCUGCCCAAUAAUUUGAGAAAUAAUCUGGGAAACUUCCACAGCUUAGUUUCUCUCAACAUGAAAGGCUGUGGCGUUUCUUAUUUGCCCGAGGAUUUCGGCAUGCUUUCAAGUCUGGAAGAAUUGGAUCUCUCUUGGUGUAAGAAUUUAUGCAACCUUCCGGCCAGUUUCGGCAAUUUGACUCGGUUGGAAAAACUAGAAAUUCACCACAAUUCAAAUCUUAGAGAGCUACCGGUUACCAUGGGUGGCCUAAAAAGUUUGGCUUAUCUGGAUGCCGGGUACUGCCAAUUGUGUGAAAAUGGACUCCCAGCCGGACUAUUCGAAUUGUGUUCGUUAAGAAUCAUCCAUCUAGAAUAUAACAGGUUUCGUAGCCUUCCCGGCAGCUUACAAAAGUUGAGUGGACUUUGGGAACUCCAUGUGGACGGGUGCAGCGAGCUUUCCGAAUUGAGAGCGGUCCCACUAUCACUAGAGAUGCUGUUUGCCCGUGACUGUAUGCAAUUGCAGAGCAUAUGCUGUUUUUUCCGGACAGAAAAGUCUGUGUAGAUUAGACGUAAGCAGGUCAUGCCAUCUGACGGGUCUGCCGGGAUUGGAAUCAUUGCAAGGAUUGACAACAUUGAAAUUGGUGGGAUGUACAAAACUUUCCAGCUCAAUACUCGGAAGUUGCUUGGCUGGUCUCAAGUCGCUGGAGAGCAUUUUCAUUGCGGGGCCCGGUGUCAGCUCAAAGCAAUUACUUUCUUUCUACGAUACCAUCAAGGCCAUCUCUUUCGAGAGUCAAUGUCUAAUGUCCACUCCAGCUAUCACUUCGACUUGGCUUCAUGCCGAGCCGAAUGGAGAAAACCGGGAUGAAAAUUGUUUGUUGUCUUUCGCUUGGCCACAAUUUUGAUUGCGAAGACAGGAACAGGCUGCGCUACAGCAUUGAAAGGAAUCAGAAUUUACGGGCAUGUGAAAUGAUCCACCCGGACGUAGAUUGUGGAAGAGAAGAUGUGUUGGAAGUACGUGUGGUGAGAGCGGAAGGUGAUUUUGACUUCAAUUGGCUGAGGAUGGGAGACAAAAUGAGAGUGAGUGCGCGCUCUGAUCAUCAGGAUUGGAAGGCCUGCUUCAAAUUCUUGAUGUACGAUCCUCUGAAUGGAAUUUAUCCUUGUGUAGAAGAAAAACCUCCUCGUACCAUAACAUUUGGCGUGUAAAACUAUAUAAAGACAUUAAGCUUUCUUCAAGCACACAUUUUGUGUGUAAUUAAUUGUACAAAGGUAAAUCCUAAAGGGUGUGUAUUUAACGUAGCCAAAAUUUGAAAGUAACUCAAUCCAAAUAUAAAUGUUAUAUUUCUGGCUAGUAAAUGGUGUUUCAAUCUUAUAUUUAUAUAGUAAAUUUAUAUUUGAGUAUAGAUUUG